AAGCUGCUGAAAGUAAAAAAAAAAUAUUUGAACAUCGAACCAAAAUCUUCCAGCUUCGGCCAUUUUGAGUUUGACUGUCUCACUGCGCUCACUGUUCAACAAUGGCGGACGCUGCUCCAGCCGGUGGACGUGGCGGUUUUCGCGGAGGCUUUGGAUCCCGUGGUGGCGAUAGAGGUCGCGGCGGCCCUCGUGGUCGUGGACGCGGUCGUGGUCGCGGCCGUGGACGUGGAAAGGAAGACCAAAAAGAAUGGGUGCCCGUAACCAAGCUAGGUCGUUUAGUCCGUGAAGGAAAGAUCGACAAACUCGAGAGCAUCUAUCUAUUCUCUCUGCCCAUCAAAGAGUUCGAGAUCAUCGACUUCUUCCUCGGCCCGUCUCUGAACGAUGAGGUUCUCAAGAUCAUGCCUGUACAGAAGCAAACUCGUGCCGGUCAGCGUACCCGUUUCAAGGCCUUCGUAGCUAUUGGUGACAACAAUGGACACAUUGGUCUGGGCGUCAAGUGCAGCAAGGAAGUUGCUACCGCUAUCCGUGGUGCUAUCAUCCUGGCUAAGCUGUCCGUCCUGCCUGUCCGCAGAGGCUACUGGGGUAACAAGAUCGGAAAGCCUCACACAGUGCCCUGCAAGGUCACUGGCAAGUGUGGUUCCGUUACUGUGAGGUUGAUCCCUGCUCCUCGUGGUACUGGUAUUGUGUCUGCCCCAGUCCCUAAGAAGCUUCUUCAGAUGGCUGGUGUUCAGGACUGCUAUACCUCAGCUCGUGGAUCCACUGGCACCUUGGGCAACUUCGCUAAAGCCACUUAUGCGGCUAUUGCUAAGACUUAUGCCUAUCUCACUCCUGACUUGUGGAGGGACAUCCCUCUGACCAAGUCACCUUACUCAGAGUUCAAGGCCUAGACAGUUUCAAGACGUUUAACUAAUAAAAACUCUGGACCAUCUUA